CUUUACCUCAACACACCCCAGGCGCAACUGCGCAACUUUGUCACAAUGUCGAAGCGACUCGCUCUCGAACCUCUCGAAGAAGCGGUAGACAUACCGUCACCGGCGUCCAAACGUGCUCGCACUGAGGAGAACGAAGAGCUACUUGGUUCGGCCGCAUCCAAUGGCGCAGCUACAAAUGGACAUCUCAUGCACCCCCGCCCCGAGGAUCGCGACAAGAUCGAUAUCCUAGGCGCAGCUGAUGAGGAGCAUGAAGAGCUGGAGGAGGCUGGGGCGCUGGGAGACGACGACGAGGACGAGCCUGUAGAUUCGGCUCACACGCGACAGGAGGCGCCAGAGGCAGGAUACACCGACUUGUACCUUGACACCAUCGACCGUAAGGUGCUGGACUUUGACUUUGAGAAGCUAUGUUCCGUCACACUGUCCAAUAUCAAUGUGUAUGCAUGCCUUGUAUGCGGAAAAUACUAUCAGGGCAGAGGGCCGAAGUCGCAGGCAUACUUCCAUGCGCUGGACGAAGGUCACCACGUCUACAUCAACAUGGAAACGAAGAAGGUCUAUGUGCUGCCAGAAGGCUACGAGGUCAUGUCCAAGUCGUUAGACGACAUCAAGUUCGUCGUGGACCCCCGACUCAGCCGAACAGAAGUUGCGCGUCUGGACAAGGAUCCGAAGGUGUCCUGGGAUCUUCUCAACCAGGAAUAUAUCCCCGGCUUCGUUGGCAUGAACAACAUCAAAGCGAACGACUAUUUCAACGUGGUCAUACAGGCUUUGUCCCACGUCGUCCCCCUCCGCAACUACUUCAUGCUUGAAGACCUCUCCACUCGGCCCCAGCUUGCGCAACGCUUUAGCACGCUCGUCCGCAAAAUCUGGAAUCCUCGAGCGUUCAAAUCACACGUCUCCCCACACGAACUCCUUCAGGAAAUAGCACUACGCUCCUCCAAACGCUUCACCCUUACAGAUCAAUCAGACCCUGUUGAGUUCCUCUCCUGGUUCCUCAACAACCUCCACCUUGCUGUGGGCGGCUCCCGGACCAAACCAGGCAGCAGCAUCAUCCAGAAGGUCUUCCAGGGCACACUCAAAAUUGAGUCCCAGGAGAUCACUGCUCGGGCUGAUGUAGGCGAUCGUCUGCGCUUCGAAGACGCAGCGGUCAAGACCGAAGUCUCCAAAUUCAUGAUCCUGACCCUAGACCUACCCCCGGCACCUCUCUUCCAAGACGCCCUGGAGCGAAACAUCAUUCCGCAAGUGCCCCUCACGACCAUAUUGACGAAGUACGAUGGCGUGCGUCCACAGGAACGCAUGAAGAACCGCGUCCGCUACCGACUCAUGCACCCUCUCCCUCCAGCCCUCAUCUUCCACAUCAAGCGCUUCAGCAAGAACAGGUUCGUCUCGGAACGCAACCCCACCAUUGUCACUUUCGAUACCCGUUCCCUCGAUAUGUCCCCGUUUGUUGAGCCUAACCCCGCCGUGCAUCCUCCGGGAGAACCUAUCUGGUACGAUCUUGUCGCCAACAUCACGCACGAAGCUGUGAAGAUGAAGGAUGAUAGCGUGGAGGGCGAGCAGGAUAGGAAGGUGUGGCGUGUGCAGUUGAAGGAUCGCAGUAGGGAUGAGUGGUGGGGAAUUCAAGACCUGUUUGUGGAGAAGGAGAGGGGUGAGACGCUGUUCACGAAGGAGAGUUAUGUUCAGAUCUGGGAGAGGAGGAGGGAGCCAAACAAGGAUAAAGGGAAGGGGAACGCGACGACAGAAAAUGUGUGGGCGAAGACCAUGCUCCCCCACACCUUAGACCAUUUAGAAAAUAUCACAUGCAGCCUAGCUUCAGCUUCUUUUGGCAGAGAGGAUGGACCGCCUCCAGUGGAGGUAACUAAGUAA